GCGUCGCUGUAGUUACAUUUACGGCCAGGCCACACAUGCCACUGCCGCGCCGCCGCCACCACCACUAGAGAAGAAAACGAUGCGAUAUUUCGUUGAAUUUUGCGAACGUCGACUAAUUCAUUGCUGCCACCACACGGCAACAAAGUUUUUCCAAUAUUGGCGCUUUUGGGGCUUCAGCAGCAGUAGGCUACGUGAAUCGAAUCGAAAGUACAGUGUAUUUGAGUGAGGGCCCCGUCGCGCGUAUUGUCGGACACGGGAAGACUACCAAGAAAAUAAUACUUUUGUUGAUUCCUUCGGAUCAGUGGUCUGUUGCUGAAUAACAGCAACACAGAGCGCCGUUUCAUCGUGCGCCGAGAAUUUUUUUCGUCGACGUCCGCGUUGCUAAUGAAUUCGUAGAACAGUAUUUUGAUUUUGUACAGUAUGUUAUGCAACUGAAACAAGCAUAAAAUAGCUUUGGAAUUCAAGAAUUUCGCCAUGAUAAAACAAAAAGAUUUUUUGAUAGUGAUUGAGCCUCGUGUUUGGAAGUGCCAGCUACGAUUAUUCUAUUGUGUAAGAUAAAAAGUGGAACUUAGUUUAAGCGCGAACCAUUAUUUGCCUCGGAAGUGUGAAUUUUACGUUCUAUCAACUGAUAACGGCAGUGUAGCAAACCGAUAAGCUUCAAAAUGUGUGCGGCACAAACGAAUCCGCCGGCAAGUUUUAACUACACGUGGGGUUUCGCGGAAAAUCCCCGCACCGAAUCGGUGGUGGAAAUCAGCCCCAACAUCAACUACACCGUCAGCGAUGCAACGAUGCCAUACUUACAGUUGCCGGACGGGGCCAGCAUCAUCGUACAGAAGGACGCCAAAGGCACGAUCACGCAUGCCACCAACAAGGGCGCGGUGCGGCGGAUGAUCGUCGUCAAUGAUCCGUCGGCCCUGCAGCAGGGUACCCAGCGUAUUAUCACAACCAGUGGGGCAACGGCAACCGUCACAACCGGCCAUCCAGCUGUUAAAAAACAUGAAGUGAUAAAUCAAUCUAAUUCCGCCCUAGCAAAUGGCAUCAUCGAUACCAAGACGAAAACCAUUCUGACCACAUCCGGCGGCUCCGGCGGCACAACGGCCUUCAUGUCCCCGUUGGGACCGAUUCAGCUGACGGCCGAGGAAUGCAACGACAUUCUAAUGAAGCGAGCUGCCGCAGCAGUGGCCGCCAACAACCAACAGGCCAUCACAACCAACACCGAAGGGCAUCAUGCAGCAAUUGCUGUUCAAGUUCAGAAAGUCAUUCAAGGGUUGGAAGACGGGGAAGAUUCACAGGCCACCACUUCGACACAUCAGUUGAAAAUUGAACCCACCUUGAGCAUUUCACCAAAACUAGAAGCGGUGGAGAUAGAUUAUAAUGAGUACGUGCAACAAGAAUCAGAUGAUAAUCCCACCCCGAAUGUGGUACCCAAAGAGCGCCCCUAUUCCUGUGAUCAGUGCGGAAAAUCCUUCCUUCUGAAACACCACCUGACCACACAUGCUCGCGUUCACACCGGUGAAAGACCCCACGUGUGCGUUCACUGCGGCAAAGAUUUCGCCCAUAAGCACUGCUUGAACACCCAUCUGCUGCUGCACUCGACCGAUCGGCCCUACCAGUGCCAGGAAUGUAAGAAGAGCUUUACGCUUAAGCAUCAUCUUCUGACUCACUCCCGGGUGCACAGCCGAGAGCGGCCAUUUGUGUGCCAGGAAUGCGGUCGAUCGUUCCCUCUUAAGCGUCACCUUGUGACCCACAGCAAGUUCCACGCUGGCGAACGGCCCUACGUGUGCGAGGAUUGUGGCGAAAGUUUCGCCCAGAAGGACCAUCUGGUGAUGCAUUCGCGUUUCCACGGAUCGGUAAACCCAUUCGUGUGUCCCGAUUGUGGGGCCACCUUCCCACGCAAAUUUCAGCUGGUCAACCAUGGAAAGCUUCAUGGACGCAUUCCGCAUUCGUGUACGUUAUGUGGUAAGGAGUUCCUUCAAAAGCGAACUCUGGCAGCUCACAUGAGAAUCCAUACUGGAGAUCAACCGUUCCCGUGCAUUGCUUGCGGCGAAGGAUUCCGUACCAAAUCAGAGCUUAACGCCCACAACCGAAUGACACACGGUGGAGUUAACCCUAAUUCGUCGAACACUACGAUUAUUACCACCAACACGGUGGUGACGAGCAACGCACAGCAACAAGCCCAACAGCAAGCUCAACAGCAGGUUCAACAACAGCAAGCCCAACAACACGCUCAACAGCAGGCUCAGCAACAACAGCAACAGCAACACAUUGAAGUGCAGCAAAUUCAGCAUCAUCAGCAGGUUCAGGAUGUCAACACCGGCAACAUUAUCACAACUAUUGCUACGGGUCAGAGCUCGCCCGAAACAUCCCCUCGACCACAGUACGCCUGCCGUGAGUGCGGUAGUGCCUUCAAUAGCCGAGAAGCGCUGGCUCUCCAUCUGCGACUACACACCGGAGACAAGAGCUUGAUGACAGACCUGUGUGCACUGACGGCUGCCAUUCCGGGACAUUUGUUCCCAGCUGUCAAUCAAGAAUACUCGUUAAUAGGAGGUGGUACUACUGUUGUUACAGCAAAUCCUGUAAUGCAAUCGUCUCCCGUUCCAGUACAAAUAAUUACCUCCUCAGGGCAGGUGGUACAGCAAACGCUGCAGGCGCAAAGUCCGCCUCAGCAGCAAGCACAAAUUCAGCAUCAUACGCAAAUUCAGCAACACCACCAGCAACAACAGCAGGUACAAGUUGUCCAGCAGCAACAGCAGCAGCAGCAACAGCCGGCUCAAAUUCAGCAAGUCCAACAGCAGCAGCACACGGUCGUUGUAGCGCAGGCCAAGCCCAAAUCCCACUACUGUGGCCACUGUGGCAAGGGAUUCGCUGCGAAACAUGGUCUGCUGUUGCAUAACCGUCGUCACCCGAACGGUGGCUGCACGGUGCGGACACACGUGUGCGAGUGCGGUAAGGCGUUCUUCCAAAAGAACCAUUUGAUGCUGCACCAGCGCCAACAUUUGGAACAGAACCAACGCCAGGGACAGAACCAACAGCAACAGCCCCAACAGCAGCAACAAUUGGUUGUCAUCCAACAAUCCAACCAGGACGCUCUGGUUCAACAGCAACAGCAACAACAGCAACAGGCACAGCAACAGGCUGCUCAGCAACAACAUCAACUACAACAGCAGCAGCAACAGCAAGUUCAGCAACAGCAGCAACAACAGCAGCAGCAGCAAGCUCAGAGCAAUCAGCAGCAAGCAGCGAUGCGUAACCUGGUUAUCGCUAACCAGCCCGUGCAGGUACAAUAUGUACAAGUGCUUGAAAGCAACACAGCCCAGGUUAUCAAGUACGAGAUCAUCCAUGACUCAUCUCGGCAGUCAAACGUCGAGUGAGAGGAGGCUAUGCUCCGUAUAACCAAACCGGAUGGUACGGAGGAAAUGAAGAAAGUAUUUAUUCUGAAGAACGAAGUGGGAUGAAACAUGCUGAAUACAGCAACGCCUUCGACUGCUGGUGUUGGUGGCGCUGCUGCUGGUAUCGUUAGUGGAAACGUUCCCGCCACAACUGCAACGACAACAUCUUCGGUCGGUGCUGCUUUGUCGGGACAACCUCAACUAACCAUAACAACAGCUUCUCCGACUGGGGUCACUCCAUCGGGCUUUAUCAUGCAUCAUCAUCAUCCACAGCAACCGGCAGUGGUUGUCAGCCAGGAACAAGCCUCGGGACAUAACCAGGGGCACUCGGCGCUUAAUAACAACGGUAAUCAUCCUCAUCUACAACAACAGCAAGUUAUUUCGGAUGACAAGAACAGCAUCAUUGUGAAUAUCGAUCAGCAUCAACAGCACCAGCAGCAUCAGCAACACCCACAUCCUCAGCAGAUCGUUAUGGGGGAUAUUGUAGAUUACAAGGACGGCUCGUUGGUGAGUGGAGUGGUUCCGGCAACGACAUCCACAGCCACCGAUAACCAUCAUAAUUAUGCCGCUGCCAAUGCCAUCGUCGUCAGCAACACUAGCACCGGCUAUCAAACUAUUUACCAGCAAAGAAUGGUCCAUCAUCAGCAGAUCGGUCCUAAUGUCGACUACCCAACUGAAAUCAAACAUGAAACCUUGUAAAUUCAUACCUAAACUUGAUUUCUUCUUAAGCACGGACAUAAGUAAUUUUCACGUUUUCUGAAAUUUAUAUCACGAACCCGUGUCUGUGACAUAAACUUUUUUUAUUAUAAAACUUUUUAAACAAUUCGUUUAUCAUUAACAAUUGCUAAAUAGACAUCAUGUAUUUUGAGUAGCUUUAAGGGUCCUAUCAUGAUUUUCAGUUAGUUAGAAAGAGAAAUCACUAUUGUUUUAAGAAUCAAAGAAUUUGAUGUACAACACAGCUCUUGUACAAAUGAGGUUUAAUUUAUAGCAUUUUUUUCUCCCUGUGUAAGGGAAAUCUAUUAUAAAGAAAUAAAAUGUAAAAUUUCUGUCUAACCCACUGAAAUGAUGUUAUUUAUGCCAGUGAGCUGCAACUACUAUUACAUUUGUAAGCAACGUAGGGAAAAAAGGUGUCCUGUUAGAUUAUAGCAAUUGAAUCCACACAUACACAUACACACACAAACAACAAACCUUGCGUUACUAGUAGAAGAGUUUUUAACAUAUGUUGCCGAUUUGUUCUUCGUUUUUCUUCAAACGUGUAAAUAUAGUGAGUAAGGUGAACCGUGAAUCAAUCAAAGGAAAAAUUCAGCUAGCUAUUGUUGAAUAUUUUUACCAUAAUGAUAGGACAGCAGCACCUCCACAAUCCAGAUGAAUGGUUAUUUUUGUUAUAAACAAAACCCUAACAAAAUGGAAUCCAAGGUAAAAACAGACGAUGUAAAUAACGAAGAAGCACCUACAAAUGGGAUAACAAAUAUCCAAUAAUUGCGGCCAUAAUUUCCGUUUCCCAGUUUCUCGUGCAUUGUGUUUCUAAUAUGACCACACAGACACAGUUUUAGUUGCGAGAGGCUCAUUACAAAACAAAUAUAGAGAUGCGCUUAAAAAUACAAAUACACCACACAAAAAACAAGAAAGUAACAAAUUCUACAAAUAAAAUAAUGCAUAUAUUUGAUAAAUGCUAAUUUUUCGUUACAUUUACAAUACAAAAGUAAAAAGUCAUUAGUCUCGCUGUCAGUCGAAUUGAAAACUACCAGAAAAAAGUCGCAAUCGAAUCCGACUUCGCGUUUGGACAGUACUUUCUUCUUUCUAGGUUUUUCCGUUUUCAAAAUUCGCACUCUUCGAGCAAGUCCAGUUGGUGAGGAAAACAUUUCUAACGAUUUAAGAUGAAAAUCAAGUUAUAGCUUCUAAAGCUUGUAAAACGGUUAGUUGUAAGAGAUAAAAAAAAUCAGUAAUAAAAGAAAAAAACAAAUAUUUUAGAAAACACUACGUGACAUAUAGGUUCUUUAUACAAGAACAAAAACCGAAUCCGUUGUAAAGAACUUUUUUGCACAGUGUCGUCAGCUUUUGGUGCGAUAAAAAUUGUACAUUUUAAGUGGUAAAUACAAGAACAAGUGUAAACGAAAAAGAUUCUUGGAUAAUAAAUAUUUUAAUAUUA